AUGACCCUACGGACAUACGCCCAAAAGAAGCCGGAAUGGAUGGGCUUAUCGAGGCUAGCAAAUGCCGCGGCUCUACUUACAACUCCUUCGUAUGCUAUGGGGAAGAAGGCAAGCAGUGCUACCCACAAGACACGGCCACUGUACGCUACACUUGCGGGAAGGGAAGUUCCAGACCACACUGCCCCGCGGCGCAGCCCAAAGGGGCGAAGGCUUGUUGCACAAAUGAGGGACAGGUUGCCUGCCAUGUUGGUUCAGGUUCACUUUCAGAAGCAUCAUCAUUUAACUGCAUCUCGAAAGAUCGGAUAUGCUGCGGCUCAGGCGACUGUUCGAGCGAGGAGUCUUGCUUGGAGGAUAACAUCGACAAAGACAUCAGGGACGGCGUCGGGGACGACUUCUGCUCCCUCAUCUACCAUAAACACCUCGCAAUCGGCCACAAGUACCCAGUCAUCAUCGGGCGCUACAUCAUAUAGCACAUCUGGACGACCGACUACGACUGGGAACACUUCAUUCACCUCUCUUCCGACGGAUAGCAUCUCGGAUAGCAUCUCAGACAUCAUCCGGACUGCCAUCCCUACCUCGGCACAGACCGAGCCCACCGCGCCCUGCUUUCUAACUGCCACUGGAGAUUCGGUGUACACCACACCUGACUGGUAUACGGCACUUCCUACCGAGCUCCAGAGCUAUUACUCUUCAGUCAACGCUGGCGCAUCCCUUUCAAGCUACUGCACCGCGGCGCCUACUUCCCCUGGUGGCGCCCACGGGUCGCCAGGCUCCUCUCUUUCCAAAGGCGGGAAAGUAGGCGUGGCGGUCGGUGCAGUCGCUGUCGCCGUCGCUCUAGGCGUUCUCAUAUUCCUCGCCGCGAAGACGGGCCUCGUGGCCAGAUGGUGUGCCUUGUGCGGCGUAGGCGCGGCCACUGCCGAAGAGCGAAGCACGCCUGUGAUCCCUACUACGAGCAGGCUGGGCUCAGGGAUGCUCCGUCUGGGCGGUUCUGGUCGCUACCGGACUGGAGUGUCUGGAAUAAUAUCUGGGGACGGCCGCAAUUUGAUGAGGGGCGGCGCAGGAGGAAGUGUGCCACCCUCGCCGCCGGUGCGCGAUCCCCCGGCCGUGCCCACCGCCGUGACAUAUGUAUCAAGAAGUGAUGAGGAGGUGAAAGGUGUAGAAUCACAUCACGCCAGCAUCAUGACGGUGUCGUCGUUAAGCGACUCAGGCCAUGAGCUUGCGGUCAUGCCGUCGCCUCCAUCAGACACGAGGUCCGGCAAAGAACAGGCGUAA